AGGUGUCAUUUCCUGUUCGCAGCUCGCUGCUGUUUACAGCGACUCGUAUCUGCUGGCGUGGCCGAAGGGAGGAGUUCCACACAAAACUGUCCGCCCGAUAUAAAUGAAAGUGCGCGACAUUUCUCUGUGAAUACCAGGCAAACAUGGGACAUCUUAUUUGCCUACUGCUUCUAGGAGUAGCUGCAUCUUUUGUGGAAAACCAGCAUGUGGGUCAGCUUGCUUAUGGAGAGCUGGGCUCUGACUUUGGAAUACAAGUCUUUGCUGAAGUGGCAAAAUCGCAGCCCAAAAGCAACAUCGUCAUGUCACCCCAUGGCAUAGCCAAUGUGCUUGGAAUGCUACAGCUUGGCGCAGAUGGGAACACAAAGAAGCAGCUGGCAACAGCCAUGAGAUAUGGCAUGAAUGGCGCUUCUAAAAUGCUGAGAAAAAUCCAGAAGAGCAUAUCUUCCAGAAAGAAUAAGGACAUUGUCACAGUUGCUAAUGGAAUGUUUGCACAGAAGGGUCUAAAAAUGGAGGAGCCUUUUGUUACCCGUAGUAAAGACAUGUUUCAAUGUGAAGUUAGAAAUGUGAACUUUGGAGAUGCUGACAAAGCUGCUGCCUCCAUCAACGAGUGGGUUAAAAAUAAGACCAAGGAUAUGAUUGAUCACAUUAUAGGCCAGGAUUCCUUAAACCCACUGGUAAAGCUAGUUAUUGUGAACGCAAUUUACUUUAAAGGCAUGUGGGCUUCACGCUUCCAAGCAGAGAACACCAAACUGCGCAAUUUCAGUGGAGGAGAUGGAACUACAUAUCAGGUCCCCAUGAUGUCCCAGCUGUCCCUAUUUAAUAUAGGUUCAACCAGCACUCCAAGUGGCUUGCAGUACACGUGCAUUGAGCUCCCAUACCACGGUAACAGCAUCAGCAUGCUGGUGGCAUUCCCUGUUAAUUACAACACCCCUCUGUCUGAACUUCUCCCUCACAUCAGUACCAAAACCAUUCAGAGCUGGCUAGUACUUAUGGCUCAGAGGAGGGUUGGACUGGUCAUCCCAAAGUUUACAGUUGAGACAGAGACUGACCUAAAACCCUAUCUGUCUGCCCUUGGCAUCAAAGAUAUGUUCCAGAUGGGGAAGGCUAAUUUUGCAAAAAUAACAAGAUCUGAGCAGCUCAGCGUAUCCAAAGCAUUUCAGAAGGCUAAAAUUGAAGUAAAUGAAGAAGGAACAAAGGCAUCAGCCGCCACAGCUGUGGUAAUGAUGGCUCGCUCAUCACCUCAGUGGAUUAUAAUAGACCGACCUUUUGUCUUCUUUAUUCGUCACAACCCAACAGGUACUAUACUGUUCAUGGGACAGAUUAACAAGCCUUAAUAGGAAGAAGAAUGGCGCCUUAUCACCCCACUCCACUCAAAUUCUAAAAUGUGUGUGUUUUUAUAACUUCACUUUGAACUGGCUUAUAUAAGAUUUCUCUGUAUUGUCACACUUUGUGAUGGCCUAGGUGUUUUCAGUCGGGAGUAUUUUUUCUAAUAUGAGCGUUUUUGUUUGUUUGUUUUGUUUUUUUAAAAAGGGUAGAUGACUCGCAUGUUAAUUUAUACUACUGAAAUGAGCACAAUGUAAGGUUAAUUUAUCAACUUGGGGGAUUUUUUUUUUAACAACAUUUUAAAUUUAGAACAAAAGUAUUACUAGACUUUUUGUAUUCUUGAAAGAUACUCUUUUAAAUUAAAUAACUUCAUUUUUUUAACUUUGUACAUAAGUAAAUAAUGGUUUAUACCUGGAUUAGUUGAGAUUUAUUUCCUCCAAAAGCAAUAUUGUAAUAUUUGCAUAUAUAAUGCACUGUUUUGAAAGGAAAAAAACAGAUGUAUGUGUUGUUAAUAAAGUUUUCUUUUCUUUUUUUUUUAAUGAAAAAUGGCUUAAUGACAAUCUAGCCCUGCUCUGAAAUACAACACCCCAAUGCCUAUGAAAUAUGUUCUAUGUAUUCAUUUGGAUUUAUUUACUGUACUUCUGUGAAAGCUUUUGUUUAACUACAGCAAAUUCCUCCAUGCGUGAUUUUAAACGCCAGCUGCAGCACAUGCAUCACUCUUUCUUGUGCCUUCUGUGUGCAACCUGGCACUGUAGAUGAAAAAGCAUAAUAGUUUCAAUUAGGGGAAUAUUACAUAAAACCUUAAUUUCUAAUCUUUGUUUCUGUGUAACAAUUUUGACUUGAGACUCUGUCUCCCUUAACAUGCUACAAGACACAGACUGAAGGUAUUCAGUAUCAAAAUGGACAAUAGUAAAGGACUGAGCACUUUCAUUCACCUCCUUUGUGGAAAAGUCAUUUGUGUUCUUUUGACUUGAUGUACAUUUUUUCAUUCAUUUCUCAAAGUAUGAUUAAAGCUGUGUCUUCAAGUAAAAAGCACAUUAUGUCUAGAUGAUCUAAUUCAAACAAGACAAAUUGCAUCUACCCUACUAAAGUGCCCUGGAAGGGAAUGGCGUGUGCCGCCUACCCUGUGAUCAAAUGCUGCCAUCUUGUACUUGUGCUGAGGGUUGAGGAUAGGCUUUAGAUACGCUGGAGAUCUGUGGACAUGGAUAACUCAAAUCCCUUCAAAUGCAGCACACUAAGAAAGAGGCUUAAUGCUCAGUGCUGUUUGAAAAUGUGUGAAGUAAUUAGUGAUAGUUUCCUUUUUUUGGGGGGGGAGGGCAAACCUUUGAAGUUUUAAUACAAAGGGGGGGGGGAGGUUGGUGGCUGCCAUGCUUGCUUUCUGCACUGGUGCCAGAAAUGACUGCCAGUGGCUCAGCUUACUUUCUAAUUGUAGCCAGUGGUAUAAUUGUUACAUGCUGUAUUAUUUCAUGAAAUUUGAGGUACAGGUGCGUUUGGGAUGGAAUCCUCCACUUUUAAUCACAGUUCAUGAUUUAGACAAUAAACUGGGGGAACAAGAGCUGGUUGCUUAUGGGGAUUUCAUUCUCCAUAAUACAUGUUAUGGUGAACUGCUUCACAUCAGCACCCAAAGUGAAAAAUGUCUCUGUGAAACAUGAACUCUUGACCUUGCACUCUUUAACCUUUAACCUCUGCUCCAUAGAGUGCAUGCAAAGAAUAAACCAGAGGAAGGUUUUGUGAGGCCUGAAGAAGAGUGACAGGGUUUUGUUUUUUUACUGUUGAUUUGGGGAGGGAGGGCGUUCCAUCAGUGUGUCCUUUUUUUUCAUUACAGUGGAUCAGUGGUUGAAUACUUCAGUGGCUGCGCUGGUCUUGGAUCUAACCAGCUUCUAAUACAGAGGUGAAGUCAUUUUAAUGGAUGAACUUUUUAAUUUGAUUCCUUUUUGUACAUCUUCAUGCAGUAGGCUCUUAAGUAGCCUGCAAUCUGUGUUUUAUGUUUAUGAAGUGUAAAGAUAGUUGUUUAGCCUUAAAAAUAAAUGGUUUAAAAUUUUCA